UUUUACGCAGUUCCAAUUUUUUGGAAACGACAUUGUUUAAUUGGGUGGUUUGGUAGAGAAUUACAAAAGGGCAGCUGGGAGUCAGAUAUCAGGUAGGCUACGUGCCACCCCUGAAAUCGGCCCCCUCCAUUUUCAUUGGCUCUUAAUGAUUUCAAUCACAAGACAUUACGCAAGAUCCUUUAUACUGUCAAUCUGUCUCAACAGUUUAUUUCCCCCAUUGCGCUGAAACUAACUGCAGAAUAAAAUAUUUGUUUCCCCUCCAUGCGAUGUGAUAGCAUAUUUACAGACAUAGACUGUUUAAGGCUUUUUCUAUUCUCAACGAGCGGUCGAAGGCUGGAUAUGCUGGUACCGAGUACUGGACAGUAUUUAGGCUACCGUUUCGCGGAAGAAUAAAUCUUGCUGUACAGAUGUCCCAUUCCUGCUUUAAAAAAAUAUAUAAGGAUUACACGCUCUGCGACGUACCACGAGGAAUUUGAAUGAUGCUUUCGGGGUGACAAAGCAUGGCUGAGAACACUUCAUCUCCUGAGGGUGCAGAGAGUGGGAAGAAAGAACAUGUCCAGCAAUGGCUACAAAGUAGUUGUACCGUCUCACAGCAGUAUAUGGACUUAUCGAAUAAUGAGGAUGUUGUAGGGACACAUCCCUACUCCGGUCCCAAAGAGGACAAGCUGGUCCGGGAAAAGAGGGCAGAGUCACCUACCUGUUUGUCAGUAAAGAGUGAUAACUCAAUGGAUCGGCCGGUCAACUUUUCCAGAGGGCGUGGUACAAGGGAUGGAGCAGACUCACCCAGCUAUCUGUCAAUGAAGAGCGACCGGACAAUGGAUCUCCAUGAAGGAGUGAAGAGAUCAGACACCACAGUACUCUCUAUUGGUGGAGUGCAUGCAGUGCCUGCAGAACAUCAUCGUCAGAACAGAGUUGAUGAGGUCAACAAAUUCCCUGAGAAAAUUGAAGACUGGUCUAAAGAGCAGGUGAAAAAGUGGCUAAUUAGUAGCCUAAAACUCCCUGAGGUUGCAGAGAAGCUUUAUGACCAGGAAGUGUCAGGAGCUUGCCUGGUUAUCCUUGAGCUUAAGGAUUUGACUUAUUUGGGUGUAACAUUUGGGCCUGCGAAGCAAAUAAUAAUAAAUGUAGAAAUGCUGAGAAACGACCUGGAAUAUGAAGGGUGUGGCAUGAGGUCCCCUAUGAGUGACCUCUCUACCAGAAUACAUGAGGGUUUAAGAUUAAAAGAUGAAUCUGAUUCUGUAAUGAAACCACAAGAGGAGACUCUGUUUGAUGACAGUGUGAAAUCGAUGUCGAUGGCUCCAAGUCUAAGAUCUUCAUGGACUUCAGUGGAAGAACUAAGAUAUUCAGAUUCAGAUAUUGCAUCCCCCUUUCAGCUGCCAAUGGCAGAUCCAAUUGGAUUGUGUGGAAAUGUGGAGGACGCCGCAAGAAAAGGUGAAACGUUUGACAAUUUUGGAACAGCUCACAAUCUGGUGAAACAAAUUUCUACCACACGCUCCUUUGACAAAAACGACCCAGCAUUCACUUAUACACAAAAUGAUUUCCUUCCAGCUGAAGCGAGUCCAAGCAAUCUCAUUGACCCAGUACAUGAGUACAAGCUUCUGCCCGACACAGAGGAAGCCAGUGUGAAAGAAAUCAUGGACCAAUUUAAGCAGUUUGUUUUUUGUUUUUCUGCAGCCUGCAUGAACUCGCGUACUAAUGGGACCAUUCAUUUUGGGGUUUUAGGUGGGCCUGGACUUAGGCAUGGACAGGUGGUUGGGCAAAAAAUACCAUCUUUAAAUAUUUAUACAGAAGAGUUUGAUUUGCAUCUCAAGCAACACUUUGGAGAAAACAGUAACAUAGCAAGAGCAUGCAUCAGGCCUCCAAAGUUCUUUCAGGUUCAACGUCUAGGUGGUGUGUCUUCAGACAAGUGGGUGAUAGAAGUUGAUGUUGUACCAACUUAUUCACAGAUUCAAGAGAAGAUUUUUUAUACGUCAAUAAAAUCUGAACAAAAUGGAAAGGAAUGCAUAACUGAAUGUCUAUUUCUUCGACAAGGUCCAAAAAGCAUCAAUAUUCUUGCAGACGAUAAUCCCAGAAAUCUACAGGAGAAAUUGAGAAGUUUGACAGAGGAAGUCAAAUCUUGGUCAUUAGCACGCAAGUCAAAAGAAGAGAGCAACUGUCAGCAGCCCAUCCAAAACCACCAAGGUCAGAGGCUGAAACAGUUGAUAACCCAUGGGAGAGACACCCUUGAAAACGCAUUGCAAGUUAUAGUUGUCACCAACAAGUGCCACCCCAGUCAACUUGAGUAUUUGGGUUUUAUGAAAGAGAUUAAGUUGUUUGCAGUGCUUGAGUUUGACCCAGAAUCUGAGGUGAACGGGACAUGCCGUUUUUAUAGAAAGGAUCGCAUAGCUAAUCUUCACUACCCUCGAAUGUACAAUACUAAUGACAGUGUCUCCACUGUCAUCGGAAGGCUGAACCUAUUUAAGCAGACUAGUUGGGUGUUUUGUAAUGGUCGAGCAAAUGAGGACAGUGAAACCGACAAACCUUUCUCUACCAGUGAUUGGCUGAAGAAACGAGCUGGAGAAAUCAGUGAUAUGAUUUCCUUUCUCUGCAAUCCGGACGUUUUGUCAAAAGACAGAUUACUUGUGGUGUUCAUGCUUCACUCAGGGGUCACUGACAUCUCAAGCCCUAUACUUGAGACCUUCUGUGCAAUCUAUCGGACUCUGGAGGGGGAGGAUAAUAUGCUGUGCAUUUGCAAAGAUACAAAUGUUUUCAGUCAAUGGAGAGAAAUGAUAAACACUCGCUGUAAAGUGGACAUCACAAGUAGAUGCAUCUACGAACUGAGCUUGAAUGAAAUCGAUUGCACCAUCAGAAAGAUGAAAGAACCCCAGACUCGGUCCUCUAGAAGAUAUCUGCCAUCUUCUGGUUCUAGUUCGGUCCUUCUAUCAAAAAGAGACGAAGAGUUGAUGACUGUACUUGAUAUCCUCUGUGAAAAUGAAUGUGAGAACACAGAAAUUGAAACCAAGGACACCUUUGAGGAAUUCCAGACUAACGUGGAGAAAGACUUUUAUAGAGGCGGACAAGUGAGAUGGUGGAACUUCUACUUUUCAGAGCAGCCAGGUUGCUUGCCAUUCAUCAGACGUGACAAGUAUGAGGAUCUUCACAAUCUGAUCACACCUACAGGCAGGUACACAUCACCAUGUGUAAUAAUCAACCUCUUCCAUCCUCCAGGCUGUGGUGGGACAACGCUGGCCAUGCAUGUCUUGUGGAACCUGAGACGUAAAUUCAGAUGUGCCGUUCUGAAAAACACCAUGGCACAAAACAACGAGAUUGCAGUCCAAGUGACACAUCUGCUGACAUGUGGCAACGAGACACAGUCUACUCCUGUUCUACUCUUGGUGGACAACUGGGAAGAUGUUGAAGACUUACAGCGAUGCAUACUGAGUGCCGCCAACGAGAGGAAAAAACCAGACACACUUAUGGUGAUCAUACUGAACUGUGAGAGAUCACAGGAUCCCGCUGAGCGAUCCAGAAACAGCCGUCUUGACACUGUGUACAUAACCAACAAACUCUCCACCAAAGAGCAGAGAUUCUUUGAGGUGAAACUGAAAGAGCUUAAGGGUCACCAUGAAAAACCUGAGACGUUUUAUGCCUUCAUGAUCAUGACAAACAAUUUCAGUGAGAAGUACAUCGAAAAUAUAGUGUGCAACACCCUGAAAGACCUUGACACAUCCAGAAAAGAAGGACAGUUACUUUCACUCUUAUCUUUGCUUAAUACUUACGUGAAUGGUUCUUACAUGUCUCUGUCCUUGUGUGAGGAGUUUGUAGGGAUAAGGAAUGCUCUGUGGGGGAAAGAGACCCUGGAGGACAAAAUGAACCCAUACUCCACACUUCUGAUCCAGUUCAACACAGAGGAGCACGGAACUUAUCGUGCAGUGCGUUUUCUACACCCAAUGAUUGCAAGUAAUUGCCUCAAAGUCCUCAACAAAACAUAUGGUCUUCAACUGGGGGAAAUUACAACCAAUAUGUUGCACUGUGACUUGAUGUACAAAUCUGGCAUGGGUAAGGAUAUCCUGGUUCAAAACAUCCAAAGUAUGCUGAUCACUCGGCAAAGGAAGGAACUUGGAGAUGACAGAGAUACACUUUUCUCUCCUUUGAUUGAAGACAUACAGACAGAAGAGGGAACCAGCCAAAUCAAGGAAGUCCUUGUGAAAGCUACACAAAGAUUUGACAAAAACGCAACUGUGCCACAAGCUUUAGCAAGGCAUUUCUACCUGAAAGAGAAGGAUUUUGAAUCUGCUCUGCAUUGGGCCAAGGAUGCACAGCAGAAAAGAUAUAAUUCCUACAUUGCUGACACAUUAGGGCAAGUGUACAAAAGCCACCUGAAAAAUGACAUUGAGCAUGCUGAGGAGCUUACCCCAGAAGGGUUAGACAAAUGCCUGAAACUGGCAUUUAAGGCUAUCAGGGCAUUUAAGGAUUCACAGGAACUCGCAAAGAAGGAUGAUUCAACAGAUUCCCUUGAUCUGCCAAACAGAAAGAGACAACGGACCUACAACACAUCUGGGUAUGUUGGUGAAAUGGAAGUUUCAAUCAUUAUUUUAGAUAUCAUUAAAGAUAUUCCCUUUUUUCACAAUAGUGAGGAACACCAGAGAGAUAGAAUGCUUCAGUUCCUUAAAAACAACUUGUCAGUGAGUGAUUUUCAUGAACCAAGCAACAGUACCAAUGACAAAUUCAUUGCUGUGCUCUCUCAUCAUGAAAAGUUCCUUGUCUCUUUGAAGACACGGCUGAAGGAGAUAUUCAGUUUCUUUGAGAACUACUUCACAUACUUUAAGCCAAGGUCAAUUGAGAAGGAAACCGCAGAGGACAGAAACAAACGAAAAGUAUCAGAGCACUUCAAGAAAUAUAUGCAUAUCUUCUGUGCCUCCGGAGAAGAGAGAGAUUCUGAAAGGCUCAGGAAACCAAAACUGAGUCUCAGGCAAGAGAUAGAGGAGCAGCGCAGCUACUUGGAGCAAAAACGAGCAGAUUCAUUUGCUGGUCUUCUCCAGUGUUUGAAUGAGAAGAGUGGGUCUCAAAUGGAAUUCAUUUUCAAGAAAUGGGAGUUCAUAUUUCACAACUUAACACGGAUACCCAUGGCCGACAGGAUCAAUUUCAUCCUGGCGAACAUUGUUCUUCACUCCAUUAAGCCAAACUCAACAAUGCUGAGAAGGUACGAGGAGCUGGUCUCACUUCUUAACGAAGCAUUGCAAGAAGAGGGAACCCAUUCCAACUGGACCGAGCUGUACUAUCUCUCAAUGUUACUGAUGUGGCCAAGAAAAGACAACAUGCUGGAGAGCACAACUACAUUUAAAAACAUCGGCACAUAUGUCACGUCUACAAAGAAAUCCUUCCAUCGCCGCUUCUCCCACAUGUUUCCAGCGAAAAGUUGUAUUGCACAUUUCUACCUUGGGAAAUCAAGAGGACUGAGACGUAUUGUUCACAAAGGCCAGUUUGACCUGUGCUUGAACAAAGAAGGCUCACACAAACAGGCCUCAUACAAAGACAGAUACCCACACCAACAUCAACUGUGGCAGAGUGGAGCAAUAUGGAGGGAUCCUAAGAUACAAAAACUGUUACUGCGGGUCAAAGGGAAAACAGAAAAUGGGGACAUUUAUGUUCACUAUGGGGGCAAUCUAAAGAUUCCUGUGCGUCCUGUCUACCUUGGUGGAGUCCGAAGUGGAUGCAGCAUGGAGGAGGUUUCCUUUUACCUUGGAUUCACUAUGGAGGGACCUGUAGCCUAUGACAUAAAGUAUGAGAAUGACUUACAGACAGUGUAGUGUGACAUAUUUUACCAUUAUUGACUGUGGUUUGAAAGUGCACUAGUUUCCAAUGCAACAUGCUAUCAUCUACAAAACUUACUAUAUAGUUAGAAUUGGCCACAACUUGUGUGUUUGGAACCAGGAGAGGUGUAACGUCUUAUUUUACUUGCUUGCGUUCAACAAAAUGAAUGUUCCUGUGUGGAAUAUACUAUCAUGUUUGUAUUCACUAAAUGUCUGUGUAUUAUAAUUUUUUGCAAUACAAUUUAAAUACUCUUACAUGGAGGUACUUCAACAAAGCAUCACAAAUAUAUAGUUACUCUGUCAGAAAUAAUUUGAUAUGUGCUCUAUUUGUAAUGGUUUUAUUUCACCUUUACCUAUGGCUAAUUACAUCUAUUCAUUGUUUUAGUCAUUUCAGAUAUUGUUUUAAGAGUAUUACUUCAAGUUUUUAAUGAAUACUUUCUAUUAGUAAUUCAAAUUGGUUAACAUAACCAUAUACAUAGUUAUGUUUUGGUUCCAAUCUGUGCAUUCCUGAUCUAAGAUUUGAGCUACUGUGUUGAAUGCUGUGCUAAAAAGUAUCAGUGGUUUAUUGUAGUUCCUUAUAAUAACAUAUCAGCUAUGUAUAGACAGACAUCCUUUGAGUAUCUGGCAGUGAUGUGGUCUUAGCCAACCCUCUAUAGCUGAUGUGGAUGUUCUGUAUUUUUGUAAAAAUAAAAUAUAUACGUAUAUAGGAAAUCAAACGCAAGAAUGUAGUUAAUUAUUUAAUAUUUCUUCAUGAAUAAACUGAGUUGGGAAGGGUUUCCAUUUACCCUGUAAUGGCCUCCAAUUUUGACACGGUUGAAGAAAGACUGGCUUGUGAGAAGACAUAUCAAGCAUAAAUACUUGAACAAAGCAGGUGAAGUAAAAUAUAUAUUAAAUAUAUUAAUAUAUUAAACUUCCACAUAGCAUUGUAAAGCAAUGUUUAAAACAUAAUUGUAUGAAUCUGCAUUGUGUUUUUGUAAUGUUUGUAAUUGGAAAAGAGAGGUGAUUGCAUGGAGGCCUUAAUUUGUGUAUAUUUGUGUAUACUUGUUCUAUUAUGAUGUCCUGGAAAUCAAUUAUGAUCACAAAAAACAUUCACCUGCAUUCUUUGCACAUUACUGAAAUGUAUCUGAUAUUUGCAGGUGAAUGUCCUAAACUUUGCCUUUAUUAAAGCACCUUUAUGCUUC